AUGGCGGCUUCAGACUGGAAAUGCGACUCGGGCGCCCUCGAACUGCUUGACGUUACCGAUGAGGACGAAAAUGGCAUUUGGCUGCGGAAACAGAUACCUUUACAUGAAGUGCUAUUUCAAGAGAAUUAUCGAGCACGUCUAAUGCAAGGUUACUUCACCGGAUAUUCUGGCCAGUUGCACAUACAUUCAUGGUUAUGUUUCAAGAUCAAGAAUAUAGUUGGCACCCCAGGCAGCCUUGAGUAUAAUUAUUCUUGGAUGCAGAUCACAAUAUUCAUUCGCUGGAACUUGAAGACUCGCCAGCAUCUCGUCUGUCUACUCGGCUUCCCAGAGGAUAUGGGAAAAAGCUUUCUAAGCCUACUUCCCCCGGCAGAGGCGCGGAACCCAUAUACCAUAUACUCAAUCUUUAUGCGUGAGGUUCUAAAGCUGUAUGAUGUAUCUAUCUGGUCAUUACGCGACGUUGUACGCAAAAUUGAGAAGUCUCGGGAUUCGCCUGCAAGCGCAACGGCGGGCUUCAACUUCCCCCAGCUGCAUGACCUUGCAAGACACAUUAUUCAUUCUACGGAGACGCUGGACGUGGCCAUCCAGGCCGUCCAAAGAACCAUCAGUGAGCACAGCCGGUCGCAGAACAGUUUUCGAAGCGACAGUGGCAGCAGCCUAGCAACAGCCCUACGAUACUUCGAGUGUGAGCAACAGGAGCUACUGUCCAUACAAGAUGAACUACAUGCAUUGAAAAUGCGUUCCUGCUCAUUGAAUGCCCGUUUGCAAAAUGAGAUUAAUCUUGCAUUCAACCUCAUCUCCCAGUUCCAUGGCAAUAAUGCCCAAGCCGAUAGCUCCGUAAUGAAAGUGAUCGCCAUUGUUAGUUUGAUAUACCUCCCGGGGAUGUUUGUAUCGAGUAUUUUUGGCAUGAACUUCUUCAGCGCACCACAGGGCCAUGUUCUAACAAUUACCGUGUCCGACGAUUUCUGGCUGUAUUGGAGCAUCACUAUGCCAUUAACAGUGGCCACACUACUUAUAUGGGCUGCCUGGCACCAUCGACAGUUUAUUAUAGAUCUUCUGGUACAGAAAUCGGGUCAAAGUGACAAUCACUAG